GAGGAGAGCUCUUAGUCGAGAGUGCAAGUUCCGAAGCCUCAGUUUUCGCUUGGUCGUACGAUUGGAGCAAUAUAUAAAGUUAUUUCUACGUUUGACUUCACUGUGUAGACAGAUACAUCCAAUUUAAAACUGUCUGGAGUGAAUGAUGGCUCCUAACCGAAUGAAUCAGCCAACGGGAGUGACUGAAAGAGCUGAACGCAGAGAACAUCUGUACAAGAUUUUGGUGAUUGGAGAACUAGGAACAGGAAAAACAAGCAUCAUCAAACGUUAUGUUCAUCAGUUCUUUUCCCAACAUUAUCGAGCAACGAUUGGAGUAGAUUUUGCUUUGAAAGUACUCAACUGGGACUCGAACACACUUAUUCGGCUGCAGUUAUGGGAUAUUGCAGGACAAGAAAGGUUUGGGAACAUGACAAGAGUUUAUUACAAGGAAGCUGUCGGGGCUUUUAUUGUUUUUGAUGUAACGAGAACAGCUACGUUCGAUGCUGUUAUGAAAUGGAAAAACGACUUGGACAACAAAGUCCACUUACCUGAUGGAAGUGAAGUACCGUGUGUUCUGUUGGCAAACAAGUGUGAUAUGCCGAAAGAUGGAACAGUAAAUAAUCCCGCUCUUAUGGACGAGUUUUGUCAUGACAACGGGUUUAUUGGGUGGUAUCUGACAUCGGCUAAGGAUAACGUCAAUAUUGAGGACGCAGCAAAGUGUCUUGUCACAAAGAUUCUGAAAAAGCAGAAGUCUUUAGUAAUCGAAGAAUCUCUAAACAACAACAUUCUUUUGGGUAACCAUGAGCAUUCCCAUCAGAGCCCUAGAGAGCGGAAGUGUUGUUAACGUGUGGAAGAGGGCAGUGUUUGUAAGAAAGUUUUGGUGUUACAUGAACACAACAGAAGUGUUAUAGACAUGUGCUUAGUGUAACAGGUGUUACAAAUGAAUGAUGAACCAGACAGUGGUGUGACAGAUCAAAAAAUGUUACAGAUUUAUGAAUAAAUAUUAAGAGUAUGAUAUUACAACAGUGUACCACAUGUAGUAGAGAACUGAAAGUAAAAUAAUUAAAUAAAAAAACAACGUCAUACUAAACCAUUAUCUAACACCGAGAAGACCAGGAGUGAUAUGUACCUAAGCGAGCUAUUAUAAAAGGUGUACCGAAUGAAAAGUUGAGUUUCAAGCUCAAAAUACACAAGGUAAACAGUGAAAUUAGUCCGUGACAGUACGAAGUGAUGGUUGAACAAUUCUAACUCAAAUACAGGAACAAGAUGUAUGUGUAACAAGAAGAUUAAUCAGCAGAUGUGAAAUUUUUGUAAUGCGAGUAAAAUAUGAAAAAAUUAACGAGGUUAUACAUAGGAAACAACUGAAGAUAGAGAGCAAUAGUACAAUGUAAAAAUGAGAACAUGAAGCAAGCCGUAACAGUAAAGGUCAACUAUGAAGUGCAACAGUAUGAUGCUUCAAACACUCGUACUGAAGUGAAACUGUACAUUUAAAUAUAAUGACAAAAACUAAGGAUGACCAAUCCUUUUUUUCUUCUUCAGUAUUUUGUUGUACUAGUUAAUUCAUGAAAAACAAACAAAAGAUAACUAAUUGUUUAGUACAGAUAGCCUACAUGGAUUUGACAAAACUCCAAGCUAACAAUAGCAUACAGUGCGAGUACUUUUAUACAAUUAAUAAGAAGCUUAUUUCAAGAAGAGUAAAAAAAAAAGCACCUCAGAAAUAUUUGAUCUUGUUUUAAAUGUUCAUUAAAAAGGAUUGGUUUCUAUACAAUAAGUUAUAAUUAUAACCAUUUCAUUUUGUAUGUACCAAGAUGGGUUUAAAAAAUAUUUGUAUUAAAAAUUACAUAAACUGUACAUUUUUUCCCCACAUAUCUCUUAAUUUGCCAUCGUAGAUCCAAAAUCAGAUGCAUCACAAAGGAUUUCAGAUUUAUCUCUUCCAAGU